CCGUUGAGGGCGCACUUGUACAUGACCAUUAUUUAUCUCGGAUCGAUAGCUAGCUGUGAUCGCAACUGAUGAUGGUUUUGGACAUGUUCCGAUAAAAAGUGAUCGCUGUAAUGAAUAUGGCAGAAUAUAUACGUGAUCCCUUGGAAUUCCCAUACUGCGAGGAGGUCUCAAAAUAUGAAAAAUUGGCCAAGAUAGGGCAGGGAACGUUUGGGGAGGUUUUCAAGGCAGAAAACCGGAAAACAAAGGCGGUGGUUGCCCUGAAGAAAGUGCUCAUGGAGAACGAAAAAGAAGGGUUCCCUAUCACAGCACUGCGAGAGAUCAAAAUUCUUCAGCUUCUGAAACAUGAGAACGUAGUGUCCCUGCUUGAAAUAUGCCGCACAAAAGCAACAGUGUACAACCGUUUCAAGGGGAGCAUCUAUCUGGUCUUUGAGUUCUGCGUCCACGAUUUGGCCGGGCUCCUCAGCAACUACAACGUGCAGUUCUCCCUCGGAGAGAUCAAGGAAAUCAUGAAGCAGCUACUGAACGGCCUGUACUACAUUCAUAGUAACAAGGUGCUGCAUCGGGACAUGAAGGCCGCUAACAUCUUCAUCACUAAAGAAGGGAAGUUGAAGCUUGGCGACUUCGGUCUCGCGAGAGCCUUCAGUAUGCCCAAGCCGGGCCAGGUGAACCGCUACACCAACCGGGUGGUGACGCUGUGGUACCGUCCCCCCGAGCUGCUCUUGGGCGAGCGGAACUACACGCCGGCGAUCGACCUGUGGGGCGCCGGCUGCAUCAUGGCCGAGAUGUGGACGCGGAGUCCCAUCAUGCAAGGCAACACGGAGCAACACCAGCUGACGCUCAUCAGCCACCUCUGCGGAUCGAUCACGCCGGACGUGUGGCCCGAUGUCUCCAAACUGGACAUGUUUCACAAGCUGGAGCUACCCCAAGGGCAGAAACGCAAAGUCAAAGACCGCCUCAAGAAGUACGUCAAGGAUCAGUUUGCUCUGGAUCUCAUCGACAAACUCCUAACCCUGGAUCCGAAAUCGCGGACGGACGCCGACCAGGCGCUCAAUCACGACUUCUUCUGGAACGACCCAAUGCCGUGUACUCUUGUCAAUAUGCUGUCCAAGCACAACCAGUCCAUGUUCGAGUACUUGGCUCCGAAGCGGAGGAUCAACCAGCCGGGACAUCAUCCGGGGGGUCAUGGCCCACCGAUUCACCCCCAGCGACAGCCUGGGCCAUCCGGUAGACCUGCCAAUGCCACCGACGCAACCUACGAUAGAAUAUACUGAAAAAGGAGUCAACACAGCAAAUGUCACAUUGAGAAAGCAAGGCGUGAACUUACCUUUGUAAGGUGUCACGACGAAUAUUGUUGCCCCCAUCAAGGCAAAGGAUGUACUGUUUCUGCCAUAUUUUUAAUCGCAGUAUUGCAAAACUCAAACAAUAACACAUUCUGAGUGCUGUUCAUGUUUUUGCCAGUAGUGCAUAAAAAAAAAUGCACCUCUUUAUUUUCCUCCAAAUGUAUUGAGUUGCACCUUAAGACAUUGAACCAAUGGGAUGCGAUACUAAAAAGUAAGCAUCGUCGAUAUCAGAAUUUUCAAGAAUCGAUGAAUCGGAUAUCCAAUAUCGAGAAUAUUCGAUAUAUCAAUUGUCCCGUGUCAUCAUCAUCAUCGUCGUCGGUUUUGAGGCCGUUGCCCAGUCUGUUCUGGGUUGGCCGUGUAAAAAGUUAAAGACCAUAAACAUGACACUUUGAUUAUAAAAAACAAUGUUAUGUCCCAUUUUUCCACGGCUUUCUCUGGAGCAUAUUGCUCACAC